AUGGGGCAUCUGCUCGGAACCAGGCGGAUUGAUGGGGUUGAGCUGCACCCAGGGACCUUCCAGGCGUACCUCUUUGCCCUGGAACUGGCCCCCUCCAUCGGCGCCUCGGCUUGGCCUAUUCCUCGAACCAUGAUCAUCGUUGGCGGGUUGCUCGCUGACGGCGCAGGUGAGCCAAUCAUGGCUGACUCGGAGCUACAGGGUGAGCUGAGCUCAUGCGGCGUAGCACCACAUCUGCCCAUCGUAAAUAAGCUCCGGCCAACAUCUGAUUUAACCACGCCGGAGAUCCUCCCAAACCCGCCUUAA